UGCUUGUAAAGUAGAGGUCAAUGUCAACUCAUACUUCAGCACUAGAGAUGGUAAAAGAGAGUACAAUCGGGGUCGGACCAUAAGCUAGAUUGUUGAUUCGGAACAAUAUGCAGUCAUUGAUCCCGAGAAUGAUAUUUUUAGAGAAGGAUAUUUCUGGGGCAGUAACCAAAGGGUAAAUUUUUGGGUUGUAACAGGGCCGCAUUUGACAUGCAAGUUAACUUCAGAUGGUCAGCUUCUUAACUUGCUUAGGGCGUCCCAAUUAGUGAAAUUUCUUAUGAUAGUGGGCGGAAUUGAGAAGGAUAAUGAGAUGCCUGCUGCAGUGAAUAUGGUUGGUGAGGACACACAUGCUGCAAUGAAUGUUGUUGACGAUAUGAAAAUUAGGGGAUUUGAAUGGGCAGCGGUACCACAAUAUGGAGAAACAACUGCAGGACCACCAAUGGUUGAAGAGGAGGAGAAGGAACACUUUAUGACUGUUGGUUGUGAUCCUCAUGGAGAUGAGCCAACUGGAGUAGACGAAGAGUGGAGGUACUUCAACAAUGUAGAUUCUGCUACUCAUAAUGUACAACCAGUAGAAAAUAUUGAAGUAGAGGUGCAGAAAAGAAAGAGGGCAAGACCUAUUCCAGAAUUUGAUAUUGAAUGUGUUCCUGAUGAUGAGGCUGCUAUGGUAGAUGAUUACAUUGUUCCUCACACAAUUCAUGAUAAAGAAAAUCCAGUUAUUAAGGAAGGAGACACAUUUGGAGAUAAGGAAGAGUUUAUUUUGACUAUGAGAACAUAUGCCAUAAAGAAUGAGUUCGAGACUAGGGUUGAACAUAGUGACAAAGAAAGAUACAUGGCAAGGUGUGGAGAUGAAAACUGUGGUUGGAGAGUUUUUGCAAAGAAACUUCAUGGUGGCAACACAUUCAUGGUGGUCAAACUCUCAAAAUUGGCUGAUCACACUUGUUCUAGUUCAGCAAGGAUGAAGGGACAUCAGGCAUUGACAACUUGGAUAUCGAAAAGAGUGAAAGAUAUUAUUAAAGAGGAUCCAACUCUAGGUGCCAGGAAGUGACAAAAGAGAUUGGAGAUACAUUACAAUAUUGAAUUAUCAUAUUUUAAAAGUGUGGUCAGGAAAAAAAAUCUGCA